CACAAGAUCUCAAACCUUCUUUCCUCCUCCUCCUUAUUAGCGAAAUCUCCGCACCUCCUUCAUCCCUACUUCUCUCUCUCUAGAUUCUCUCGUCGUGUCGGAACACUUAUAAUUGGAUAAGCAUUUGUUUUCGAGAUUUUAGGGCGAAUUUCUCUACCUGAAUGUGUGCAUUUCACUCAAGAGUUGCGGACGGCAUUGGCGACGGAAAUCAAAUCCUUCAACCGCUUCGUGUGAUGCAAUGAGCUCUGUUUCUGUUUGAAUUUUGGAUGAUCGAAGCUUUUCAUGGAGUCGAUCUGGAGUGGUAAUGCUGGACCGAGCAUCUUCCAUUUGCUAUGGGCGAUAUCCUUCGCUUUUUUCUUUGUCGUCGCGAGGUUCUUGCUUGAUCGAUACGUCUUUCAGGGUCUGGCAACUUGGCUACUGAGAAAGGGUUCCCCACGAUUGAAGCUUAAUAAGGCCACAAAAGCAAAGUUAGUUAAAUGCUCAGAGUCAAUGUGGAAGCUGACUUACUAUGCUACUGUUGAAGUCUGUAUUCUGAGCAUUAUAUAUAACGAACCAUGGUUCACAGGUGGAAAAGAAUUCUUCAAUGGCUGGCCCAAUCAAGAGUUGAAGUUUCCUCUCAAGCUAUUCUACUUGUGUCAAUGUGGAUUCUACAUAUACAGCAUUGCUGCUCUUCUUACCUGGGAGACUAGGAGGAAGGAUUUUGCAGUUAUGAUGUCCCAUCAUGUGGUCACUGUUAUUUUGAUUGGCUAUUCAUACAUCUCAGGGUUCUUCCGUAUUGGGUCUGUGAUCCUUGCCCUUCAUGAUGCAAGUGAUGUGUUCAUGGAAGCUGCUAAAGUGUUCAAAUACUCUGAGAAUGAGGUUGGAGCAAGUGUCUUCUUUGGCCUUUUUGCUUUCUCAUGGUUUGUGCUUCGGUUGAUAUACUUUCCAUGUUAUCUAAUAAAAGCAACAAGCUAUGAUCUUAUUGAGGUAUUGGAUCUAUCGAGGGCUUAUCACACAACACUAUACUACAUUUUCAAUACAAUGUUGAUGACACUGCUAAUCUUCCAUAUCUACUGGUGGAUUCUGAUUUACUCAAUGAUCAUGAAGCAAUUAAGUAAUAGAGGACACGUUGGAGAGGAUAUACGAUCUGAUUCAGAAGAUGAUGAAUAGUAGUAGUAGUAGGUGCCUUUGUUCAAUUCUUUUGGUGGGAGAAGAGUUAUAUAGUUUGUGACGAUGAUGAGGACGAGGACUCUCAGACAAAGAGGAUUGAUUAUAAAUCCAUAUAGCUCUUAUUUGACCAGUGGGAUUUCCUGCAAAAAUAUAUGAAGUCUAUUAUUGCGAACAAUGAAUGUAAAAAAUAAUAGGAAGCUUUAUGUGUAAUUUGUCUGUUAGAUAGUAGCUUCCUUCCUUCCUUUAAUAUGGUUAGAUACUUGUUAGAGUGAAAAAGGCUACAAAACUAUGUUCCAAUAUUUUACAUACCCCAUUCAAGAACAAUGACAUUUUCCUUUUUCUCUUCA